AUGAAGUAUAUUCUUGGCACGUUCGCAUCGAUCCUCAUUGACGUAUGCAUUGCCCAACUGGGAUACGGUGGUGGUGGUUAUUGCGGUACAUGUGCCAUGAAAAAUUCUGGAGUUUUUUCACCGGGAUUUGGAUAUGGCGGCGCUGGUUAUGCAUCUUCGAAUGUUGCUAGUCCAGUAGCGGCAUAUGGCUAUGGACAAAGCCAAGGCAGUUAUGGUAGUUAUGGUUCCCCAUCAACUUAUUCAGCCUAUCCGUAUAGCAAUUAUGCUAGUGGUUCAGCGCAAUCGAAUCUUCCAUAUCGUCAAUCCAGUUAUCCGUACGCUGGAACAUUGAAAAGUCUCGGUUCUUAUAGUAAUUCACCCUAUUCAAACUCCGUUGGUUCAUUAGGCGCUAAUUCAGGAUUGAGUGGGACAUCUUUUGGUUCAUAUCCACCUUCAUCAUCAAAUGUAAUGAGCUAUCAACCUUACUCAUCUUCAUCAAAUAUCGCAAGCUAUCCUUCUUUACCUAGUAUGUAUAGUAAUUAUGGAUCGAAUGAUCCAUCAUCUAGUGAUGGCUACAAUUCUUAUGGAGCGAAUGGUUAUGAAGCGUCAAUUGGCUAUAAUACUCAAAGCUUGGGUUCAGUAUUUCCUGGAUAUAAACAUUACCGCAAUAAAUCCUUCUAA